AGAGGCUCCGGCACCGAGUCGGGGGCAGAGUCCCGCUGAGUCCGAGCGCUGCUGAGGCAGCUGGCGAGACGGCACGUCUGGAGGCGAGGCGGGCGCACUGAAAGGAGGCCGGCGCGCCCGCGGCCCCGACUCCCGUUCUGUUCAGGUUCGUGGGCCUGCAGAGGAGAGACUCGAACUCGUGGGACCCGCGCACCGUGGAGCCUGUCCGCCCAGUCCGUCCGGGGUGCGCGACCAGGAGAGCUAGGUUCUCGCCGCUGCGCGCUCGACAGGCGUCGGCUGUGUCGGGAGCGCGCCCGCCGCCCCUCGGCUGCUCGGCCCGGAGCCCGAGACGCGCGCACCAUGAGCGGUGGUGAAGUGGUCUGUUCCGGAUGGCUCCGCAAGUCCCCCCCGGAGAAAAAGUUGAAGCGUUAUGCAUGGAAGAGGAGAUGGUUCGUGUUACGCAGUGGCCGUUUAACUGGAGAUCCAGAUGUUUUGGAAUAUUACAAAAAUGAUCAUGCCAAGAAGCCUAUUCGUAUUAUUGAUUUAAAUUUAUGUCAACAAGUAGAUGCUGGAUUGACAUUUAACAAAAAAGAGUUUGAAAACAGCUACAUUUUUGAUAUCAACACUAUUGACCGGAUUUUCUACUUGGUAGCAGACAGCGAGGAGGAGAUGAAUAAGUGGGUUCGUUGUAUUUGUGACAUCUGUGGGUUUAAUCCAACAGAAGAAGAUCCUGUGAAGCCACCUGGCAGCUCCUUACAAGCACCAGCUGAUUUACCUUUAGCUAUAAAUACAGCACCACCAUCCACCCAGGUGGAUUCAUCCUCUGCUACUCUACCUCCUCCAUAUCAGCUAAUCAAUGUUCCACCACACCUGGAAACUCUUGGCAUUCAGGAGGAUCCUCAAGACUACCUGUUGCUCAUCAACUGUCAAAGCAAGAAGCCUGAACCCACCAGAACACAUGCUGAUUCUGCAAAAUCCACCUCUUCUGAAACAGACUGCAAUGAUAACGUCCCUUCUCAUAAAAAUCCUGCUUCCUCCCAGAGCAAACAUGGAAUGAAUGGCUUUUUUCAGCAGCAAAUGAUAUACGACUCUCCACCUUCACGUGCCCCAUCUGCUUCAGUUGACUCCAGCCUUUAUAACCUGCCCAGGAGUUAUUCCCAUGAUGUUUUACCAAAGGUGUCUCCAUCAAGUACUGAAGCAGAUGGAGAACUCUAUGUUUUUAAUACCCCAUCUGGGACAUCGAGUAUAGAGACUCAAAUGAGGCAUGUAUCUAUUAGUUAUGACAUUCCUCCAACACCUGGUAAUACUUAUCAGAUUCCACGAACAUUUCCAGAAGGAACCUUGGGACAGACAUCAAAGCUAGACACUAUUCCAGAUAUUCCUCCACCUCGGCCACCGAAACCACAUCCAGCUCAUGACCGAUCUCCUGUGGAAACGUGUAGUAUCCCACGCACCGCCUCAGACACUGACAGUAGUUACUGUAUCCCUACAGCAGGGAUGUCGCCUUCACGUAGUAAUACCAUUUCCACUGUGGAUUUAAACAAAUUGCGAAAAGAUGCUAGUUCUCAAGACUGCUAUGAUAUUCCACGAACAUUUCCAAGUGAUAGAUCUAGUUCACUUGAAGGCUUCCAUAACCACUUUAAAGUCAAAAAUGUGUUGACAGUGGGAAGUGUUUCAAGUGAAGAACUGGAUGAAAAUUACGUCCCAAUGAAUCCCAAUUCACCACCACGACAACAUUCCAGCAGUUUUACAGAACCAAUUCAGGAAGCAAAUUAUGUGCCAAUGACUCCAGGAACAUUUGAUUUUUCCUCAUUUGGAAUGCAAGUUCCUCCUCCUGCUCAUAUGGGCUUCAGGUCCAGCCCAAAAACCCCUCCCAGAAGGCCAGUUCCUGUUGCAGACUGUGAACCACCCCCCGUGGAUAGGAACCUCAAGCCAGACAGAAAAGGUCAAAGUCCUAAAAUUUUAAGACUCAAACCCCAUGGUUUAGAGCGAACUGAUUCACAAACCAUAGGUGACUUUGCUACAAGAAGAAAGGUCAAGCCAGCACCUUUAGAAAUAAAACCUUUGCCAGAAUGGGAAGAAUUACAAGCCCCAGUUAGAUCUCCCAUCACUAGGAGUUUUGCUCGAGACUCUUCUAGGUUUCCCAUGUCCCCCCGACCAGAUUCAGUGCAUAGCACAACUUCAAGCAGUGACUCACACGACAGUGAAGAGAAUUAUGUUCCCAUGAACCCAAACCUGUCCAGUGAAGACCCAAAUCUCUUUGGCAGUAACAGUCUUGAUGGAGGAAGCAGCCCUAUGAUCAAGCCCAAAGGAGACAAACAAGUGGAAUACCUAGAUCUUGACUUAGAUUCUGGGAAAUCCACACCACCACGUAAGCAAAAGAGCAGUGGCUCAGGCAGCAGUGUAGCAGAUGAGAGAGUGGAUUAUGUUGUUGUUGACCAACAGAAGACCUUGGCUCUAAAGAGUACCCGGGAAGCCUGGACAGAUGGGCGACAGUCCACAGAAUCAGAAACGCCAACGAAGAGUGUGAAAUGAAAAUACUGCCUUGCCAUUUCUGAACAAAAGAAAACUGAAUUGUAAAGAUAAAUCCCUUUUGAAGAAUGACUUGACACUUCCACUCUAGGUAGAUCCUCAAAUGAGUAGAGUUGAAGUCAAAGGACCUUUCUGACAUAAUCAAGCAAUUUAGACUUAAGUGGUGCUUUGUGGUAUCUGAACAAUUCAUAACAUGUAAAUAAUGUGGGAAAAUAGUAUUGUUUAGCUCCCAGAGAAACAUUUGUUCCAUAGUUAACACACUCGUAGUAUUACUGUAUUUAUGCACUUUUUCAUCUAAAACAUUGUUUUGGGUAUUCCCAAUGUACUUUACCAUAAUUCCUUUGGGAGUUCUUGUUCGUUGUCACACUACUUUAUAUAACAAUACUAAGUCAACUAAGCUACUUUUAGAUUUGGAAUUUGCUGUUUAAACCACAGUCUAACAACAAUAAAAUGAGAGGUUGAUUCACAAGUUAGCUUUCUACCUGAAGCUUCAGGUGAUAACCAUUAGCUUAUACUUGGACUCAUCAUUUGUUGCCUUCCAAAAUGCUGAGGAUAAUGUAUGUACUGGUGUCAGGACCUAGUUCUCUGGUUCAUGUACAUUUAGUUUUUAAUGGUGGAACUUUGUUAUGUUUUGUUAAUUACAGUGUUUUUGGUUCAUUGAGUGAAGAUUCUGCCAGGUGGGAUCUUGCACCUUUGAAAGACUGAAUAAUUACACUACCAAGUAAGCCUGCAAAUCAUUGAUGGCAUGCAGUGAUGAUGUGCUCUUACACUUGUUAACAUGUAUUAAGUGUUAUUUGCAAAAGGUAGAUUAUGUAACCAAUCAGGUACGUACCAGGCAGUGAUGUGCUAAUACACUGAUCAGGUUUAGACAAUGAGCUUUGGUUGUGUUCUUGUUAGUCCUAAUAUUGGUUUUCGGUUUGGAAUUAAUAAAGCAGUUGACAUUCACUUUUAGUUACAGCAACAGCAACAUACUGUGAUUUUUAAUUAGAUAGUAAUUCAGAUUUAUUGCUCUAUGAAAUUCUGUCUUUUGACACCAUAGUGCCCUUUCUAUGAUUUUUUUACUUAAUAUUCUUCUUGGCCUUAUAUUUAAAUCCCUAUGCAAUUAAUAUUUUAUAUCUACAUUUUUUAAAAAAAAUAGAUGUUAUAUAAGUGAUUCUCAUAUGUAGCACCUGUUGCUUUUCCACUAAAAGAAUUACAGAUUUUGUACUGUGAUUUAUAUUCACUGCCCCAAUUCAAGAAAUAUUGGAGCCUUGCUGCAAUGUGAAAUGUUAUAGUCAUGGACUCCUUCCAACCAGAUUUCUGAAACCACCAGAGGGAUGGUAUAAUUCUGUCUCACCUAUAACAUGGUCCUGUGACAUAGAUAUUAAGACCACAAGUUGUAGUGAGGCUACAAUUAUAUUCAUCUGUCUUGGCUUUGCAACAUAAUUUAGAAAGCACGUAUAGUUGUUUUUAAACCAAGUUACAUACAAUCUCAUGUACUGAUUUGAGACUUACAACAAUUUUUGGAGGGGGCAUAGAGAAAGGAGUGCCCACAGUUGAGGCAUGACUCCCUCCAUUCCAACCUCUAACUGUUGCCUGAGUACACAGAUAUGCCCUGAUUUCUGGCCCAUUGGCCAUAGUACUGUGCCUAAUCAAUGUAAUAGGUUUAUUUUCCCAAUCCUCAAACUAAAAAUGUUCAUAACAAGAUGAAUUGUAGACUAGUAACAUUUGAUGCUUUUAAAUAUUUGCUUAUUUUUAAACAAAAACUGAAACCCAGAAGUGAAUUUUUAGGUGGAUUUUUAAAUAAAAAAGAUUGAUUGAGUUUGGUGUGCAAGCUGUUUUAUAAUGAAACCACAAAAUAAAAUCUAAAAAUCACUGAAAUGUGCCUAAACUAUCAAAACACGAUACAGCUAAUGUGUAAAGAUACUAAAUUCUGUUACUUGGAGGAUGAAUAUAUUUAAGAUUUAAAACACAAUAAUAAAUACAUGAUUAAUUAAAAAAUAAAAAUCUUUACAGCUGCCUAUCAGAAUGGUCUAAAGCACUUAAUGUUUUUAGUCUAACUUAUCAUUAACUUUUUACAAGUCACCAUAUUUGAAGAUCUGUAGCACUCUGAUUUUCAGAAAAUUUUUCAUUCUGAAUAAUUUAAAAAUGGUGAUGUAUUAGGAAGGCAGUUUGCUUUAGAAAACUAAAUCACAUUGAACAUUGUAUUAGAGAAUUAAAUUAAAAGUUUCUUACAGAGCAGUAUUUUCCAAACAUUUUUAGCACUAGAAUCUUUUUAGAUGAAAUUUUAUGUAUAACCCCAAUACAUAAAGCCUGAAAACUCAAUUUUAUCAAUAUAAAUGUAUUUUGGGUUCACAUUUAUGCUUAUUCAUUUUCGCUCAUUAUUAAGCAUAAGAUUCUGAGUUAUUUCUGAAUAACACAAAUGUGGAGUUAUACAUAGUUGAUGAAACCAGCAGCCAGUGUAUAGCUAUGCCCUGUUUUAUUUGUAUACUAUCAAGAAAAUUUUGAUUCACACAAAUGUAAGCAAAAAUAAUAGGUUUUAAACAUAAAUCUCAGGAAAUUCUUUAAUUAGAGAUAGCUAAAGUUAUUCAAGGUCUAUACAAAGAUAAAUUAUCGUGGUAGUGGAAGUUAAUACAUAAGCAGUUUCCAGUGUGGUAAAGUAGGGUAUGUAGCACAUCAGAAUGUGCAUUUUUAUUAAGUUUUAAAAUAUGCACAUAUAAAAACUAAAUUUGAAUCAAACCCUUUUAACUCACCUCCAAGAAACUAGACUUUGGCCAGGAAUGGGCUAAAAACCGCUGGUUAACCAUGUGACAGUUAUGAUGUUGGAGACUGGAAAUCUUUCUUCCACAUUAGAGUUCUUUACCUUAAUUCCUUAUUCUGAAAAAUUGUAAGAUUUUAUGAAGGUUUGAAUACCAAAGCACAGUUUUGCUUUCAAAAAUUAAAAUCAAACUUGAAAAAGCUGUUUAAACCAUGGAAGAUAUCAUUUAGUAAGAUGUAAAAGAUUUUUUAAAUCUACACUUCAGUUUAUACAUCUUUAUCAUUAUCAAUACUAUAUAAGUUACUGUGAGCAUUUUAGAGAAUUCCAUAAAGGUACUAUGAGUGUGUCUGUGUGUGUGUAUAUAUAGCAUUGUAUUUAAUCAUAGACUAAAUUUAAUUUGAUAUAGAAAUACUACUUGUACAUUAAGGUCAUAAUUUCUGCUGGACUCUUUUAUAUUUAAUUAAUGGGGAUUAUAGUCUUCCUUCAUAAAUGCAUUUAAACCGGAAAUUGAACACCAGUGUUUUUCUUUUUCUACUUAUGGGAAGUUGUCUGCUUCCCCAUUUAGAGAAAACAGUAUUUUUAUAUUUUGUUAAAAUAUUAACUACUUUAUGCCUACACACUAUGCUGUAGAUACUGAUCAUAAUUCUUGGGUGUUCACAAACACUCUUAGUGCCUCUUUUUUGGCCCAUUGAAAGUGUUGGUAUUACUACUUUCACUACAGAGCCUCUGGCCCUCUUAAUAAUGCUGAGGUGGGCUGAUCCUUCCUAUUUCUAUCUUGGGGUCGUUCUGGUAAGUCUUCUCCUCCACUGUCAGUUAAGCAAUCAGGUCCGUGACAGGGAUUGGACAUAUAAACAAAUAAAGUGGAUACACACAGUGAGAAAGAUACAUGCAUUCUAUGGUAACAACUACUGUCAGUAACAUCUGAUGUUACAUGCACAUUUAUAUAUAUAUAAUUUUAAAAACUGAACUAUGAGAUGCCAUGGUAUAAAUGAAUAUUGUAGACAUCAUGGACUUGAUAUGAUAGAAAUCAAUUGUCAGCUUGAGAAAGUUGUUUUUAAUCUGUCUAAAUAGUUUAUGCAUUACUACAGUCAAAAAUAAUUUCGUUUGUCUUCUAUAGACUUAAUUUUAUUCCGGUUCAGUAUAAUCUCUGUUAACAGAGUUUCAGCAAACUGAUUGGUCAAGGUAUUAACAUAGCUUCUACUUCCUUUACUUAAAAAGAUGUGGUUUUAUGUAAGUUCUUGAUUACUGAUGAUCAUCCCAAAUUUUGACAACAAAAUCAUAUGUAUAAAUUUAUUUCUCCCCUCUUGCUCAUCAUCUUUUGUAAAGAUCCCAUUGUAGAUCUUCUGCUACCAAAUAAAACUUUUCAAACAAUUUGGUUUCAAGACCUUAAAUAGACAAGUUGGAUACUAAGAUUGUAAACUGAUAAGGACAUAUAAAUUUAUAUUUCCAACCCUUCCUUAGAGUCUUUAUCUGCAUCAAAAACCCAAUUCUGCCAUUAACUGUGCUUCCCAGUCCCACCUCUAUAUGUCACUCAUUUUCUGCAACAAAGAUCUCACUAAACCAUGUUGAAACACAAGUCAUGAUCCUCUCUAACUAAAUAAAAGAAGCUCCCUGGAAAAACUCUGUUGCCACAUGCACAUGCCCUGUUACUCCUCCAGCCAGCCAGUACUGCCAGCAUUUUAUUGAGUAAAAGACCAAAUAAAUAAGGGCCUGCAUGCAACCUUUAUCUUCAGAAGCUAGGUUUUAUAUGUAAAAUAUGACUUGGGAAAUGAUUCUGUUUAUUAACUGGCUGGGAUUUUUCAUUUCUAUGAAAGUUUCAAACAUCUCCAGUACUUUAUAAAAUCCCAACAAUUGCUGUAAGUCAGCACUUUGGUCCACUCAGCCCACCCAGCCCACUUGCAACUCUGACUCUCACUGAAUCAUAUUUGGGAAGUUUGGGUAGGAUGAGGCUAUCUUCUUCGAGAUUAUUUUCUCAUGUCUGUCUGUCACCUUGUAAACUAUGAGACUCCUGGGUAUUUGCAUAUAACUUAUUUGAGGAAGUUACCACCAUCUCUGAUAUAGACACACUUUUUGAGUUGCAGUUUCUGUUAGAAUUUUUUGGAGACUAACUUGCCAAUUCUGUGAAUGUUAUUGAAUAUUUAAAAAGCUGGGUCUGUAAUGGGAGGCAUUUUAUUAACUGUUGUGAUUGGGUAACAUGUCCCCGUAGAUUUCCUGAUUUAAAAUUAUACAAAAUUACUAUUUUUGAUAAAGGAACACCUACA